CGCGCAGCAACGCAAGCUUGCGCCGCAAGUGGAUGCGACAUAUACAACGCAUACAGCAGUGUAGUCAGUAUGGUUGCUUGUGCAGGUUUUCUUCCGUGAGUAGUGAGGUAACACGGUGUUCUCGGCUAAAGGAUAAAACGUUAAAUAAUGAUUUGUCAUAACUGAGGUGAACCAAGAUCGGUGUAAUGAUCAGAGAUAUGGCUGACGAUGAGGCCAUACAGGCCACAAAUGACGACGCCAGUGAGUGUAAAAGAUACGCGGUGCAACUUGGUUAUUGGCCUGAUUCAUUUAUCAACUUUUUCGUGAAACAAACCGGACGCAAACCGCCUGAAAUCAAUCGCGGUUAUUAUGCGAGGGUGAAAGGAAUCGAUAUAAUCAAUGAACAUUUGCUCAAAUUGUCCGGUGAAAAGAGUCAAAUCAUAAACUUGGGUGCUGGAUUUGAUACACUUUAUUGGAGACUUAAGGAAGCAGGAAAAAGUCCUUCAAAUUUUAUAGAGCUUGAUUUUCCAAGUGUUACUGCUAGAAAAUGCUAUCACAUCAAAAAGCACAAACGGCUGAUAGACAUGUUGAAUACAGAAGAUGGAGAAAUUAGGUUUUCAACAAUAGAUCUACAUGCCGCCAAUUAUCACGUCAUGGGAACAGAUCUGCGGCAGAUAUCCGAACUUACUCAUAAAUUAACACAAGCAGAAGUUAAUUUUAAUUUACCAACCAUGUUCCUUGCAGAGUGUGUCCUAGUGUAUGUAGACACUAGUGCAGCUUCUGCAUUAUUAAAAUGGCUUGCUGGCAAAUUUCCAAAUAGUAUUUUUGUUAAUUAUGAGCAAGUGAACAUGAAAGAUACGUUCGGUAAAGUUAUGUUGUCUAAUUUACGUAGUCGCGGAUGUUUAUUAGCAGGUGUAGAAGACUGCAAGUCUUUGGAAACUCAGCAAAGACGAUUUACGAUAAAUAAUUGGGAAGGCUCUAAUGCAUGGACCAUGGUAGAGGUCUAUGAUUCACUGCCUCAAUCUGACCGUAGUCGAAUGGAGCAUAUAGAAAUGUUGGAUGAACAAGAACUUUUAACUCAGUUAUUACAACAUUACUGUAUCUCGAUUGGUUGGAAUGGACAAACAUUUAAAAAUCUGUCUAUAGCACAGGGUUAGCUUUCCUAACUCUUAUAAGUUACUCCAGGUAGUAAUACUGUAUCAUUAAAAAAAACUCUAUAGGCUUGUAAGUAUAUGUGUGGCAACUAGUGAUGCAAAAUCAUUAUUUAUUCAUGAAAUGAAUAAGUUGAAAUGUUUCAAUUCCGAUUUCAAUAUCUUUCUUUUCUUUUUUUCACUGAAAAUACAAAAUUUUAUUAUCCGAUUUGUAAAUGAAGAUUUAAAAAAUUUAUAUGCACUUUAAAGACUUUGUGUGUACUUUUCUUUGCAAAACAAAUACAUAGUUUGUACGUCUACUAAAACAUACUACAUUUUUAAAAAGUAUUAAAACAUUGUAAGUAGAAUUGUAUAAAAAAGAUACUUUGAUAUUCAAGUAUAUUUCAUUUUAUUUGGAAGUUAUACAAUUUAUAUUUCUAUUCAGAUUACAAUAAUGUGUUAUAAAUGUUAUAAUGCGUAUACUGUAAAAAUAAUAUUGAUAAAGUUUAAAGUUUAUUCAUAUCUUUUCAACAGCUAGGUAUAAAAAAUUCAAAUUCUAAAAUGGCAUAUUUAAAUAUUUUUUUACUUGUGCAACAUUUAAUUAAGUUCUAGAAAUUCUAUUUAUUUUCUGUAAAAUUUAUAUAACAGCCUAUAACAUAGUCACCAACCCGAGGUACACAGAUUUAAAAUUUAUAUUAUAUACAUCUGUGGAUCCAUUAUUUUCUUAUGCAACUUACCACUUUAUACUUGGAAACUCUUAUCUUUAUAGAAUUUACUAUUAUAUAAUAACAUUUUUAAGUGUACUUUGAGUAUAUUCAUAUAUUUCUUACUAAAUCGUUAUAAGUCAGAUUAGUACUACAAACUAUUCAUUAAUUCUCGUCACUUACAGUUUCUCCUAAGCGUGAUUAUAUAAAAUACUAAUAUGCAACGAAAACGAGAUUUCGCUUAAAUAUAAAUUCAAUAUUUAAGUAUAUUAUUUCCACAGAUUUCAGAUGAUUUCAGUUCAAUAAAUUCUAUGCACAGAAAGGAUCGAUUAAGGUACAACUGAUGUUCUUGUACUGCUAUUUAUGCCACUAAUAGAAAGUAACAUUGAAUUUUGUCUUCUAUUAGAAAAAGAGCAAAUGUAUAUACAGGAAGUUGUAUUUUCACCAUUGUCAUCACAAAUAAGUACAUUAUACUUAUAUAGAUGAAUCAUAAAAUGAUAGUGAAGAAAUUCUCAGGAAGCAAAUUGUUGGCAGGAUAAUGAGACUAUACGUAUACCAUUUUUCUACCAGUGGAUUACGAACUGACUCAUUAAAUUGCCUACAACUUGAUCGCUGAAUUAGUAAAGAUUUAUUUUCUUAAAAAGGAACAUCAGGGUUACAAUAUACACAAACUAAGAACAUUAUGAGAAUUUACACGGGACUUCUGUUAUAAUAAUAACAACACAACUAUUUUUACUUGUCUCAUAUUUUAGUAUGUUAGCUCUGAGGUGACUCAAACUAUAUUUUUCUCAUUCUUCGUGAUGAUAUAUUCACCAAUAUUCUCAUAAAGGCUUAUUAGACCAUAAGAUGUAACAUUAUAUAGGAAACCACAUAUAAAUAUGUUUAAAAAAAAUGAAUUGUGAAUUCGUAUUAUUGAAACUUGUAUGUUUU